GCAGAUUAGAACAUUUUUCAUUUUAACCUUGUUUCAAACAAAGAGUUUCUCUCACUGAUAAUAGUUAAGCUCAAUUCAAAAUGCCUAACAGAAAUAUUUACUAUUCAAAUAAAUAUUAUGAUGAUAAAUUCGAAUACAGGCAUGUCAUUGUUUCGAAAGAUGUUGCAAAACUUAUUCCCACUUCUCAUCUGAUGACUGAAAAUGAGUGGAGAAGUCUUGGUGUUCAGCAGAGUCAAGGAUGGAUUCAUUAUAUGAUACAUAAACCCGAGCCACAUAUUUUGCUUUUUCGAAGACCUCUGCAGGGACCUGCACCAAGUCAAGAGGAGCAGAUGUUUGAUGAUAACUAAAAGUGAUGUGAUUAAAUCAUCUUGUGAAUAGUGUACAGACUUUUUAAACAUUUCCUUUUUAAAAAAAAUACCGAUGUAUUGAGAAAUCUCUAGUAGUAAAUCUGCAAGAAUAGGAAAGGAUAAAAGUGUGAAUGUUUUUUUUCUUUUCUUUUUUUUUUAAAUGUUGGUACUAAUAUAGUGAUCUUACAUUAGCUCAGCUGUGGUACAAUUUUUACAUGCAUUCCUUGUAAUUGUAUUUUACUCUUUUAUUGUAAU